UAGUUCAACCGGGCGCAGCCCUCAAAACGCAAAGGAAGGAGCGAGCCGACUCGGGCGCAUGCGUGCCGACUUGGUUCCGGGCGCCCGGCGAACAACGCUUCCGCGUGGAUUUUGUUUCCCCUUUUAUAUUUCCUUUUAUCAUCGCGCGUUCCUUGUUUUUCUUCGACGCCUCCCCCCGUCGUAGUACGCCGAGCCGCGAUGCCGACGUCGUCGGUCGCACCCUAGCGGCGGCGUGCGCGCUCGCGCGCGCGCGUAGCAGCGAAGCAGACGACAGCAGCCGCCGCUCGCUUGACCGCGCUUGCUCGGCACGCGCCGGCCCUUCUCUCGUCUAUCGAUUCGCGCUUGUCGACUUGGUGGUGGUGGUGGUGGUAGUCUUGGCGCUGCAACGGUGGAGCGCAUGCAGUAGGGGGGGCAAGCCCUCGUCGUACGCCGCCCUAGCGCCGCUAAUUCGUGCGCGAACCGGCCCCUCGUCAACUGUUCUCUGCCUGCUUGCUUCUUCGCCGCCGCCGUGGUCGUCGCGACCGGACUCUCGGGCGGCCAGCCAGCCCCGUCGUGCUUCGGAAGAGGAGGUCAAGCGUUUUUUUGAAAGCCUCGUCGCGAGCAGACGACGCGCUGCUACGCCGCUCUCCCUCCGUGCGCGGACAGCCACUUGGUGCGGAUGGCGAAAAUGACAGCUGUCACCUCCCAAGUCUCUUGUUCGUAGCCGUGGCUGGCCUGCGCUAGGUAGCAGCCCCCUGACACCACUUGACCGAGUGGUGCGUGCGUGUCGCUCAGACCGGCACUCCGAUGGGGCCAUGGCAGGCGGAGCAGCACAGCAGCAACGCAGGUGUUCGCUGAGCAAGCUGCGGGGCACUGCACUGUGUGCCUUCAGCUUUGGCAGCUGGGGCAGUGGCUGUGGCGCAGGUGGAGUGUCGGGGCCCCCCGAGCUGCAGCCGUCACACGGGGGAAGCACCAACCUGCUUAGUGGCAGCUGGGUCUUCUACAGCGGAGGAGGGGCUCCCUCCUCACCGGUGGCAUCUCUGCUGCAGCCGGGGAAAGCAGUCGUCACCAUCGAUGCCUCCACCACACAGAUCCUGACGGCCAACAAGGCAGCCUGUGCCCUGUUGGGCGUUUUGAGCACCCAGGUGAGCAGCCGGCGCCUCUCUGAAUUCCUAGCCAUGAAGAAGGGCCAGUAUGCCCUCACUGAGGCCGAUGUUGAUGCUACCGGGGAAGUGGUCGUCAUCGCUGGCAAAGUGAUGGACCUCAUAGACAGUGAUGGGAAAGUGGUUCCGGUGUCGGUGUGGGUCCGCAAGUUGGAAUCUGACUCUGAGCCACGUUGCUUAGUUGUCAUGGAACCUGUGCAGCGAACGACUGCUAUGGUCACUUUUGACUCUACCAGGGGCCAGAUAUUAACUGCAGACAAGAGCCUGGCUGCAUUAUGCGGAUAUUCAGAUGGUGCAGAACUUGAAGGAACACUCAUUACGGACAUCAUUCCUUCUCUUGUGCUGCCUACCUGUGAGGAUGGUGUGGUCAAGAUGGUACGCAAGCAGCAAGCAACAGGGCGCACACGAGAUGGCAGCACUUUCCCCCUGAGCAUCCUGCUUGAGCCGGUCUCGUCCGACGAUGGGGGCGACUCGAGCGAGUGCAACAACCAGAGUGGCAGCACCGCAGCCGACAGCAGCUCGGUGGCACCCAUUGCAAGUGUGUACCGUGGAGUGGUCUGGGUGUUUGCCAACAUCAGCGGCAUGAUCACGGUGCUACCGGACGGCUCAAUUCACUCCUGCAACACAAACUUCUCCCUCAUGCUGUUCGGCUACACGCAGAACCAGCUUCAGGGAAAGCACAUCACUGUGGUGAUCCCCACAUUCUAUGAUGACUUUGAGUACCUGGACACAGAUUCUGUACCACUGCCACCAUUGGACGAUGACGAAGAAGACUCGAGGGCUUGCGCUUUUCUUGAUGAGCGGCCGGAUUCAGACAACACAGAGCUGUGCCGACCACUCAACCCACUUGGGAAGCCCUUUUCUCCGAGGGGAGGUGGUCAAAGGCGAGGCCACGGUGGCAGCCGGAGCAGCUCUGUCACAGGAGACGAUCUUCCUUUGCGCUUGCAAGAUCUGAGCAUGACUGGCUCCGUCAUUGGCUCUGGUUCUGGCCGAUCACUGGGUGUCUUCCAGAGGUCAACAUCGGCAGCUGAGCCUCUUGCUCCAGUGCUGGGCCCCUCUGGGGAAGGCCAAGCUUCAAGUGCAUCUGGUGAUGUCAAUGGCAAUAAUGUUGCAUCAUCCUCUAUGGACAGCCCCCGAAGGGUUCCUGGCUCUAGGCUGAAGAGCUCGCUGAGUGCUGACGUCCUGGGCAGCCCGCUACUUCGUGGCGAGGGCGAUGUCUCUGCACUGGGUUCAGCUGCUAAAAACCAUCAGCAGCAGCAGCAACAGCAGCAGCGUUUUGGUGCUACUGCAGAAGAAGAAGGCUCACUUAGUGCAACACGCUCCCUGAGGGAUCUCGCGGAAGUGGAGGAGGAGGCAGAGAAUGACCUGCUACCACUGGGUGAGGUCAAGCUGCCAACAUCAGACAGCUUCCACUCUACAUCAACAAUGACAUCGAGUACAAUGCACAGUUCUGAGGAGAAUACCCAGGAAGCAUCCUUUCGGCGCCAUGACUCUCAUCCGUCCACAGCAUCUGGUGCCGAUGCAGAUGAGGCUGCCAAUGAACGAGCAUUCCAGGCAGAGCUGAAGACAUUUCGCAGCUGUGAUUCACUCCUCAGCAUUGCCGAGGGAUCCUACACGGGCCUUGGCAGGCAUCGGGAUGGCUCGCAUAUUGCCAUUGUGUACCAGAUCCGGAGGGUGGACUUGGAGGAAGGCUCAUCCAUCUACUGCCUCUGGGUGUCACGUGACCUUGAGGUGGAUAGUUGUCCACCACAGUACCCGACUCCGUCCUCUCCGCUGCGCUCCUUGACACUUGGCUCGGUCAGCUCCGACACCGAGGUGUCGCGAGAGGACGCCAGCGAUUGUCACACGGAUAACAAAGGCCCUGCCGUGCAUGACGAGUCUGUUGAAAAUGAGGCUGAGUACACAAGUGGGCUCUACGCUGAGCAUUACACGACCUUGCAGCAGAUUGGCAAAGGUGCUUACGGAUGCGUCAAGAUGGCAUACCGCAACUCGGACCGUCUCCUUGUGAUAACCAAGUUCAUCCGCAAGUGCAAGGUGUAUGAGGAGAGCUGGGUACACGACCAGAUGAUGGGGAGGGUUGUGCCACUAGAAGUGAGCCUACUGACCACGCUUAGCCAUCCCAACAUUGUGCGGGUGUUGGAUGUCUUCGAGAACAGCUCCCACUUCCAGAUGGUCAUGGAACGUCAUGGGGCUGGCAUGGACCUCUUUGAGUUCAUUGACAGGGCGCCGUGCCUUGAUGAGCCCCUUGCCUCAUACAUCUUCAGGCAGGUGGCGAGUGCCCUGUCAUACCUGCAUGGCCUGCACAUUCUUCAUCGCGAUGUCAAGGACGAGAACAUCAUUAUCGAUGAGCACUUCAACGUGAAGCUUAUUGACUUUGGCUCUGCUGCAUUUAUGGCUCCUGACCGCCACUUCACCACCUUCUGCGGCACCGUCGAGUACUGCAGCCCUGAGGUCUUGCAGGGCAACCCAUAUGCUGGGCCUGAACUGGAGAUGUGGGCGCUGGGCGUGACCCUGUACACGCUCAUAUUUGGGGAGAACCCAUUCUUUGAUGUGGAAGAAACAAUUGCGGCGAUGCUCAAGCCACCCUAUGCAACUUCUAGAGAUCUCUGGGAGCUGAUUUCACGGCUCCUUCAUCCUGACCCACGACAGCGCUGCACUCUGUCUGAGGCCGAGCGCCACUCGUGGACCACCCAGCCUGUCUGCCCCGAGAGCUACCGCUUCGAGGACGUUGUCCAUGCCACGCCCGAGGAGAUAAGCCCGUCCAAGUACUUCCAACAGGACAGCUCGAUCUACUUCAGCUGCAGCCUGUAUGACCUCAACAAGAGCGAUGGUCCAUCUUCACGGCACCGGAGCCUCAGCUGCGCCAGCUCAGUGACCGGCCACGCACACUCCCGUUGCUCAUCGACGCACGAACUCGUGACCGCUGCUGCUGCUGCUACUGCCCCACCACCCAGUGUAAUUUCGCUUGCAGGGCCAAGCGACAAGUCUGGCACUGUCAUUGCCUCAGAAGCAGCAGCUUACAGCACUGAAGACAUCUCAAGGGAACUAGAAGCCUGUUCCUAGGUAACGCGCAUUGGAUGCUGAAAAAUGCGUGGCAUACAAGUCAACCUGUUUGCUUUUACUUCGUUUAAAUUUCACUUUUAAUUUACUUGUGAUAAUUGGCAGUAUCGCCCAAUGAGGUCAGUGUGGUCACUGCUGCAAGGGCACCUCUUUAUGGCUUUGGAGAAUUGGAAGCAUGUUCCUGGGCUACCUGUGAGGCAUUCUGAAGAAUGCUCAUCUAAUAAGACUUGGCCUGUUUGCAUUCUUCUCGUUGAUUUUAUUUUUUCAUAUGACAUGCACCAGGCCAUCCUUUGAGCAUAUAUUUUAAUUUCAUCUAUUGAUGCUGACACAGCUGCAUAGCUGAUUUAGUUUGUCCAUUUCAUUUUAUUAGUUGCACAUUAAGUCAUCACAGCUGCAGGGGCAGUCGUUGCACGGCUUUGAAAAUCCUUUCUUCCUUGCGAUUACUGUGUACUGCCAUGACCUUUGAAACAAUCUCAAGGAAACUGGAUGGCUGCUCCAACCAGUGUUGACAGUAAAAUAUUCGUGUGACAUGCUGAUGUGAAUUGGCGUGCUUUUAUUGGUUUGCAUUUUUUAACUCUUGCAGCAUGAUCACAUCCUUUCUUUUUUUUUUUAUGAGGGCAGUUAAAUAUAAGACAGCAAUGUUUGAUUAGAAUGCGCAGCACUCUUCAAUGCAGCAAUGUACUUUGCUCACAGAAUGAAAUGCGAAAGGGAAAGUUUAAGUAAACAUUUCAUAUGUGCAAUUACUCCACAGUACCAUGUCAUGUCACUAAGAACCUGGUCACUAAAGAUGAUGCAUAUUCUGAUCAAAGUGUAUGAGACAACAUUAUGCUGAUGUCACAAGAACUGCAGAUGGCAGAAACGAAAGUAUGUAUGCACAUUAGUGAGGCCUAAAUUGAUGUGGUUCAUUCCAUGAGCACUGUACAUAGAAUCAAAAUAAUUAGGCCAAACCGGGUUUCUAAAUUCGUUCUGUUCCUACUGAACACUAUUCAGAUUGAGUUGUGUUAAAUGUUCCUUUGCUCUGAACAAAUGUCUGGUCAUGCAGUAGCAGUGAAAUUGUUUAGCAAGGUCUUCCUGCAGAGCUUUUGUAACUCUGACAAGACAGGGAAGUUUUUGCAAGUGUUAUCAAGUAUUGGAACCUAUUGUCAAGGAGAUGUGAAUUUUGAGGGUGUAGAUCUUGUUCUUGAUAGAAACGAAUUGGCAGCAUGCCAGCCAAGCAGCUGUAAUCAGUUUACUGCGCAUUUUUACCAACACAAUUUUGGCACACGAGUUUGUACACAUUUCUAACUUUGUGCCCUGCUCUUGAGCACACAUAAAAAGGUACAACCAGGUCUCUGGUGCUUUUGUUCAAAUUCUAAUUGCAAGAAAUGUCAUUCAUAGUUAUUACAGGAUAUUUCCUGGUGUCAUCACUGCUGCGCUUUGUAAAUUGAAUGCACAUUGUCCCAAGUUGUACUACACAUAGGGCACAAGAGUGAUGAUGUCACAGAUUUUAAUAUAAAUUUCAUAGCAGCAUUAUUUGAUUGCUAACUGGCCUACUGCUGAUCUGCUGCCAUUUGUUUGCUGUUCUAAUUGCGUGCAAUUUGAAAAACUGGAAACCAAGCCACACAUUCCUCAACAUGUCUCUCAAAGUGGGCUUUUUUUUCUGCCGAGUAAUAACAAGGAAGAGCUAAAAUGUGGACCAAUCCAGACAGUUUAUCACCGUAAUGGAUGCAGCAGUUUUGAAAGCCCAGAAAGUUGACUUAGUUGUGUCUUGAAUGUUCUUUAUGUAAGUGACCAUAGGUGUUAGCCACAGUGGUGACACGCGUCCAUUCCAGAUUGAAGUAACAGCCUCCAACAAGUCUUGGUAUUGUUGUCAGUCGAGGUGAACUUUGAAAUGACAUGCUCCUAACUAUUUUUUAAAAGGUUCACAAAGAGAGAGAGAGUGGCAAAAUAUUUGUCAUGACAACAUAUAUAACCUAGCUAGUCGUUGACGGGGUGCAAGAAGUUUUAUCUUGUGAUAAGCAUGGGCAAGUUAAAUGGAAGUGUGUACAUAUCAGACAGCAGCUUAUUUGACUGCAAUGAUUAUUUUUGCUAGAUGCGUAGCCGAAAACUAGCAUUCCGUGUCAUUCCAUUUUUGCUUCAUGACCACUUCAUGUGCAGCAUUCAGUUAACACUCCCGCAUUGGACUACAUCAUAAGGUGCAACUGUCUGCGUCUCAAGUACUCGUCCAUGUUUUUUUUAUUAUGUGUGCCGAAGUUUGUUUGUAAAUCUAUUAUUAAUAUACAUUCCCACAUUUUGAUUUUGUGCGUGAUAACAGUCACUUUGUAGUCACUUUGCAAAUCUGUUUUAAAACCAAAUUUUAGCAUAACACGAGGGCAUGUGAACAUAUCUUAGUUUUGGAAAACAAACUGUUUGCACCUUUUUGAUGUUGAACAUGUUAGCUGGUUAGGCAAGUCUUUAUUAUCUAGGUGCAGUUAGUCGCAUAAGCAAAUAAGAAGAGCUUGCCUUUGCCUCCUCUUUUUAGCAGUGCUAGGUUGCUUGAAGUGCGCAUCUGCAGGCUUGGAAAGCUGAACUCCAUUGACAAUGCAACCUGAUUCAUGCGUAAUGUUUUUAGUGACAAAUUGAUGUAACAUUGAUAAUUGAUCUUUGGUAAUGGUCAACUUUUUAAAGGCAGCCAGUUUUGUCGGCUUCUGCAGCGAAUCGGGGGAUGCGACAGUUAAAUGCAAUUUCAGUAUAAAUUUUGAAGAUUUUUGUUGCAAAUGUUUUCUGUUGAAGCCUGAUUUUGGUGAAACGUUCCAUGCUUAUUCAGUGGCUGCAUGUCUAAUCUGCCCCACCCCCAUAUUUUCUGUUUUCUGGUUGCUACGCUGUUUGAGACACACAUUGAGGCUGCUGUGAAUACUGAAGUACAAGAUUGUAAAUGCAGUGGGCAAUGGCAUUUGGAAGCAUCGCUUGCAUUGAUGCUUGCAACUAGAGUUCUGUGUUUUUUGCCCACUUGUUAUGGUCCACAUGAGAAAAGUGGAGGAGAUUGUUUUACUGUAAGGAUUACCUGCCAUUGAGGCAAUGAGUUUGGGAGAGUCCCGUUGGAGACUUGUGUACAUAUGUACGUACUGUGUGUAUUUAUUACUACAAAUAAACACUAUAUUGUCAGAACCAAGA